AUGAAGGGAAGUCGCUUUUUCCUGGCGUUUCCGUCAAAACGUUGAUAGCAUCGGGUUCUCCCGAGGUGUAAGACAUGCAAGUACAGUGCGGAAAAAAAGACACUUUCCCGACGAUCCUGGGGUUAGUCGUUUUCUCUCAGUUUUUCCGAGAUUCAAAUUUUUAUUAGGUUUUGAAAAAUAUUUUUUUCAAUGUUUUUUGAACUAAUAUAUUGAAAACUUAUUCUGAAUACCUCUUUUUUCCUUUUUAUCUGUUUUUUGAUCAAUUCAUCGAGUUUUUUUUUUGUGUUUUUGAAAGCGCAGAAACCUCUUGCCAAUUCCUCAAGAAUUCGGAUUUUGGCGCUAGGACAAAAUUAACCAUCAGAAAAUACAGCUUUUUCAAAUUUUUUUCAAAAAAAGUCAACACAUUAAGGACAGUAUACUGUGAAUCUCGUAAUAUUUUGUUUGAAAUUUUUCCUCUACGAAAAAUUCGAAUCUUUCGUUUUAGUUUCCCGAUUUGAUUUUUCUUAAGUUUCCGAAAGUCGAUUCUUUGUAUUUUCAAAAAUAAUACCUUACAAGAAAAGUUUAAUUUUUGGUUUUAUCUAUGGAUAAUUUUCGCCCUCAUUAUGAUUUAUUUUUCUUUGUUCCCUCCUUGAGACGGCCAAUAUUUCUGAAAAGAAACCGGCCGACCGACAUUAUUCAUCACUUGAGAAAAUUAUUACAGCACUUGAUCUGCAUGCCAAUUUUGACCCACUUCAUUUCAUUGGUUCUUCUUACAGUUUAACGUUUUCCGCUUUCGAUUCAUUUGAAAUUGAGAACAGUUAAGUUCGAAGCUCCGAUUUCAUUCAUUCAUUUUUAAACGGAAAAACAAAAGGAUGUUUUUCGAAUUUUCUAUUGCUUCUUUCUUGCAUUGUUCUAGAACUGUAAUGCGUGCUAACAGAGUUUACACUUUCAAAAUUUUUUUCAAGUUUUAAUUUUCUCUUUUCGGGAGAGAAAAGAGCUAAAAAGGCGUUCUGAUGCUCAACGGACAGUCUUGAAACUGGCUAUUUUCUUGUUUUCCUCCCGCAAAAUCAGAUCGUGAAGUUUUUUUCUUUCUUUUUUGGAACUUCAGUUCACAUGUUUUGUGAUUUUAUCGAAAUCGGACUGUCUUUUCCGUAAGAAGUUAAGCGAACCAGUCGUUUUCCAGUUUCUUUUGGUGCAACAAAACUUUUUCACGGAAGUUCUGAACUUUUUUUCUCUUUCAAAUAAUAUAUUACAAUUCUAAAUUACGUUUGAAAAAUACUAAAACUGUUUGUUUUGGUCAAAAAAUCCUCGCGAGAGCGUUCAAAGGCGCAAAAACUUUACACGGACAAAAAUAAUAUAGUAAAAAAUAAUAAGGUCUUCUCGCCUAGAAUGUGUGAAUCUCACCAAGCUUCUUGAAAUAUCCGAGCAAGAAUUUUCGAACUAGAAUUUUUUUUUCCAUUAACAGUUCGAGACUUCAAGUUUUUUUAAAGCUUUAUUUCAUAUCUCUUGGUUUCUAAACGGCAAAUGAAGAUUUCUAACAGUGAACGAUAAAAAAUAUGUUUUUUUUUUAAAAAAAAUAUAAAUUUAAAAAAAUGACGGUCGUUACUUUUUUUGAACUCUCUUUAUUUUUCUACCGAAAUAAGGCUUUUUUUGAAAUGUUAAAUUGAAAAUUUGUCGAAUUUUGCAGAUGAAUGAUUGCCUGAGACGAUGCCGCCGUAGUAUCGUUCUCAUCACUAUCGCCGUUCUCGUUCAGGUUUUUUCUCUGCAACAAAUUUAAAAUUCGAUCAUCGAGACAGUCGUUUGGCGUAUUAUUAGAUUUCAUGGCUUCAACAUUUUGAGGAACGUUUGAGAGCCUAAUGAGAUAAUUUUACUUUCGAAAAGUUGUCCUAUUUUUUUAUCAUUUUCGUUAAUUUUAAUAACUUUUAUAUAACGUUCAAGUUAUUUUUUAUAAAGGGAUUUUUUUUAAAUUGAAGUUCAAGUCCAGGAAUUUAAGAAAAUUUGGAAUCAUGAACAAUUCGGAUCUACGUAUCAGGUCAUUAAGGAUCCUAUCUUUUUUUUAGUUGAAUCAAAAGUUUCUUUGUCAACUUCAAUCUUAUCAUUAUGGAAUAGAUGGAUUGAAAUUAGAACUGAUUAGAACCGGAACCAGUUAUAGUCAAUCAAUGAUAUCUAUCACGCAUCCUUAGUUAUUAAAAUGAUUUUUUAUUCAUGAAAGUUUUUUUUUUUGAAUAAUCAGGAAUUGAGUUCACUAUAAAUCAAUGAAUAAAAGUGGGAAAUCACUGCGAAAAACACAUAUAUCAACCAAUCCAAUAUCGAAUCAAGAGUUAACAUUUGGAAUUGAGGCGAGCUUGACAGCUACGGACGAUGCCGUCCUAUUUGACGACGAAGUUGAAGAAAUCAACAGACUUUUGGCCACUCUUCAGCGUUCCGUAUGUCCUUUUUCCUGUUAACUGUGCAAAUAUUCUUUUAUUUUUUUUGAAUGAUCAAAAAUUGAGCGAGAUGUGAGAAAAAGUUUUCCUAAUCAAAUCAACAAAUUUGGCGCGAAGAGAUCAAAAAGAGGAGAUUAAAAGGUGAGAAAAUUAAUUUUUCCAGCAUGGGGAGGUACAUUCAAACGAGUUCAGCGACGAACUGGACGAAGAGCUUUUCAGGUUUUUCCUUUUUUUCAACAUAGCGCCCUAAAAUUAUCUAUUCAUUCAUGUAACAUUAAGAGGAUGAAAUUAUGUGAUUACAAUGAGAUUGGGAAAGAGUAAUACGGUAUUAUAUUAAAAUGAAUAAUUUAAGUAUCGCGCAGCCGUUUCGGGUCUAUAAAAAUGGACGGCUUAGAGGGCGACCCAUCGUCAGCAUUUUUCCCUCUUGCUUAUAGCAAAAUAUAAUGUAAAUUUUUUUAGCUGUAAACCUAGGCGCGUAUUUUUUUAUAAAAAUUAGGUAAAGAGUAGAAGAGUAAAAAUUGAAUGAAUGCAAGGAAGAAAGUAUAAGAGAAUCAGAGUAGUCUCCACAAACUCGCAGAAAGCUCUAGUGUCACAUACAUCUCUUGUAAGAAAUAAGAAAAAUCAUGGGAAAAAUCAACGAUAAUAUGCGAAACUAGGUUGGAAAUUUCGUUGAGUUAUUUUUAAUUUUUCGAAUUUUUUCCAGUCCGUUCUAGAGCAGAAAUGAUAAAAAGUCGUUGAGGGUGAGGAAUCGACCGCGGAAACAGGUCAGCCGCCCCUCGAAAGCUUCUCCGACAGCUCCUCAAAGAGCUCGACCAGCUCCUAGGUCGGCCAGACAACCAGUGACCAACCAACCGCGCACGCGUCCCACUCCACCCCCACUACUAACCAACAGAAGACGUCGUCUUCCUAACCGAAGGGCCAGCCGACGUCGGCCAGGCACGUCGAUGAAGCGCGUCGCCGACGGGUUCACGAGGCGGACCUCGCCUCUUCCCUUCGCCAGGCCACUCAGACGUCCAGCAGUUGUCGCUCCGACGGCCAGAAUCCCCGUCCGAACGGUUCUUCGGGAUCCGCGACGACGACCCCAGCAGAGACCUCAGCUGCGACCUCGUUUCCCACCGCCGACGAGAGUUUUCCUUAACCAAACUCGUCCCGUCAAUAGACAACCGACUUUCACAAGGUUCUAACUCAACAAUUAAACGUUAUUUUCGAGUUCAUUCAUUUGAAAGUUUUAAGUUUAUUACUUUUUGAAGCAAAAAUCCUUUUACCAUCGAUCGUUCACGUUUUUGACGUCAGUUCGUUGAUAACUGAGUGUGAUGUCUACUGGAAUAAGAUAGCCUAGGAAAUUAUCAUUUUACUUCGAAAUCACAAGUUUCCUAUUGAGAAUUUUCGAGAAAUGAUAUGUUUUUCAGAAUAAAAAAAACUCUGACUGACUUGAUGAGAGUGAGUUAUGAAAUAAAAACUCGAGAUCUAAAUGAACUUUAUUUUUUUGGGCUAGAAAAUUGAGUUUCAGAAGUUAUGGUGAAGGUGUUAUGGUGAACGUAUAGAAAAUGAGAAAAAGUUUAUUCUCAUUGACGGAUUACUGAGAAACAACUUUUGUAAAGUCACUAAUACUAACUUUACAACUGAACUUCAAUUAACAUUUUAGUGUGAACUGAAAUUAAUUAAUUAACAAAAAAGCACUUUUUGAAAUUCUCAAUGGAGAAUUGAUUACAACUACUAGUAACAUUCAACUAUUCAACAGUCUCGGAAAGUUCUUUAUUUUAAAUAGAACUUCAUUUAGAAAUCGCCGUCCACCGUCUUCUCAACAUUCAGAUCGGUCUCGUGAGUUUUUCCAGCUUGAUUUUUUCAUUUUUCGUUUUAGAAAUUAUAAAAAUGUUCUCAUUAGUUUAUUUCUUGCAUAUAUACUCGUUUCCGAUUUUUUUUAAACCUCACGAAUGAACGGAUCACAGGUGAACACAUUCGAAGAGACGAUUUGUCGCGAGUCGACACGAUCGAAGCCGCCAUUCUCAAAGCCGUCAAUGGUUUUUUUUGAUUAUUUUUAAUUGGAUUAAAUUCUUUGGAAAAUAUUUAGAGUUUUUUUUAGUAGUCAGUUGCUUUGAGUGUCAUUCAAACAUAAGGCGUCGAAAAAGCUCAAAUUUGAUUUAAAUGGUUAAAUUUUCCCAGGGAGAUUUUUUUCGAUCAGCUAGACUUGAUUCAUUUCAACAAACAUUCUCUAUUUUUCACGGUUCAAAUUUUUUGAGAGUGAAUUUUUUCAAGAAUAUUUCGAAACUUCUCACCCCCAGCGAAAAAAAAAACCAAAUUCAAAAAGUGUGCCGUUUUGAGAAAAAAAAGGUGUGAAAUAUUCAAGACCGGGCUUUCAACGACGAAACGUGAAGAAUGCUUAUAGUUUUUCCCUGUUAUGCAACAUUUAUGAGGUAAAAACGGCGAAUUUUCUCGAAAGAGGUCUGGAUUAGUGCAGAAAAAGCGCAGAGAAAGUUCUAAUAAAAUCUCGGACCGCGGUAACGAAAACCGGACGCGCCCCGUAAGUCUGAGCAAUGCUAGGGGUCACUCAAGACGGUUGACGCUACUAAAAUGGUAACUAGAAACACCCCGACAAGUCCGAUUUGCGUGACCAAUGUCCGAGGUCAAAGCAAGUUGAAAAGUCCCGGAGCGGUACAGACGAAAAAGUACUUCUGGCUAAUCAAGUAGUUCUAUUCAGUUUCAUGGAUUCUGCUUCACCAUUCUUCAGAGAUCAGUAUAACAGAACUUCUUAUUUGAAGACAUCUCAACGGUCGCCACACCGACAACUACGAGAAAUGUCCGACAGAGACCAAAUUUGGAGCCGACGAAAAGGCCAAGACUCGACAGCAUCGAGGAAGCCGUUCUUCGCGCCGUCAUCGGUUUGGCCGCAAUCAUUUUCACAAAACUUCUCAAUGAACUUUCAUUGUGACGUCUUAUGGGAUGGAGUUACACUGACAGAAGAACUGUGGUUCAGAUUCCGUAGAGAUAUUUCUUCUUGGUUAAAAAAGAAAAUAAUUGAGAGCUCACGACUUUGUAUGAUGUGGAUUUCCUAGAACUGCAAAAUAUUCAGAACCAUUUCAUUGCUUUUUGGGAUUGUCAAUUUUUCCUGUCUAAUUUCAGACUCUUCAACUUUGUCGCCAGCCAAUUCCUUACGACAUCGGCCGACCACAAGAUCUCGCUUUGAGGCUUCAAGUUCGACAGGUUUUCAGAGUCUAUCGAAAAUUGAUAGAAAAUGAAAUGUCGAUAUCAAAAUAAUUAGGUUAAAAGUCUGCUUUUAAUUUUCAAUUCGAAGUAUUUUGCCUAAAGUUUGCAUAGAUUAUUGGCGUUAUCUGUGGUAGACUCCUUCAAAAGUUUAGCUCACUUGCUUUUCAAGCAGCUGAGAUAAUUAUUGAGGUCGAAAAUCGAUCAUCGAAAAAUGUAUAAAAUCUUGAUCCAUCUUUAUUUUUUUAUCGCUAAGGUUCGGCCCGUUUCCAGAACAUCCGAGCACGUCCCAAAUCUUGGCGAGACGCCGAUUCCGCAUCGGUGUGAACCGAAGACGUACGUCGAGUCUGAGUCCCACGACGUCCUCCCUCGGCACAACUUCAGCUCAUUCUGAAACGACUCGAACUUCGACUGCAAGCACGACUCCGACCACGACAGCAACCACCACCAGCCUCACGACGCCGCCGACAUCCACCAGCGCGCUUCUUUCUGCCACGGCGACUUCUUCCGAGCUCGUUCUCCCAGAAGGCCCCACUCCGCCUGAGAGAUCAUCAGAAGACCUUCACAACGCCCGUAGGCUCCAGCAGCUGCACGACGAGAUCGAGCAGAACUUUGUCGCUGGUAAGAAGGAUGUAGUCAGAGAGUCAUCAUUUUAAAUCAAGCUCAAUGUUUUCAGCCAAAUGUUUUAAAAGAUGUUACAGAGGCGUCUGAACCUUUCGAUUCGGUACUCUUCAUUACUCGUUGUGAAAAUUUUUUUUUUCAAUUUAACAGGAGCUGUAGACUUUCUUGACGUUUUUUUCUGUUUCAGAUUCUUUUCCUGAGUCCUCUUUCAUAAGCCUAUUUAUCUUUUCAGCCCUGGACGGUCCUCAUCCGCCGGCGGUCCAAUCGGUCCAACCUCCAGGCCUUCCGGGACCGCCGUCCUCAGCCCCCGCCGCUGAACCUCCGAGUGAUGACGUCGUUCACGCCUUGAAUCAGGCCGACGACUUCUUGGAGGUUCCUGUGCCAGGAGCUUAUUUUAUUCAUAAGUUGGACUUUUUCAGGUCGCUCAUCGGCUGAAUAUUCUACGAUCCCAGCGGAAAUAA